AUGGACUAUCUCGAAGCAUUCGCCAGCUAUAUGAAUGCACCGGAGAACGCUCAGGCCUGGGACGCACAGAUGACUCACAAUUCUAGGUCAUGUAAAGUUAUGACAAACUCCCCGCUUGGAAAAAUGCAAUGGGAAUCGACCUCAGAAAUACUUGCAGCGUUUGGAGACGACGAAGGUGGCGCGAACUUGGACUAUUAUCAUCGAAGGACACCUUUUGCGACAUUAGCUAGAGUUUCGCCAUGA